AUGGCUGAGGUGAUUGGUCCAAGAUUGUACAGUUGCUGCAAUUGUAGAAAUCAUGUUGCACUUCAUGAUGAUGUAAUUUCUAAAGCAUUUCAGGGAAGAAAUGGUCGAGCAUUUCUGUUCUCCCAUGCAAUGAACAUUGCUGUGGGGCCUAAAGAAGAUAGACAGCUUAUGACUGGUCUCCAUACAGUUGCUGAUGUAUAUUGCUAUGACUGUCGUGAGGUAUUGGGCUGGAAGUAUGAGAGGGCUUACGAGGAUACACAAAAGUAUAAGGAAGGAAAAUUUAUUCUGGAGAAGUCAAAAAUUGUCAAGGACAACUGGUAG